AUGUACAAUCAUGCAUUGAUUUUUUUUUUCAUCCCCCUAAGUUUGGCAAAAAGUCAGCACUAUUCUGAUGGACUGAUUGAAAUCUUUACUCAGUAUGGAGACCACUUAUACAGGUAAGAAAACUGUUUUCUCAACAGCAUCUAUAAUGGGCAAUUACAGUUGAUCCCGGCCGUUCAUCAGUCGGUUAUUCUGACCUUCAAUAAGGCAGCGACACCUUUCAAAGAUGAAAUAGUAUUUACUCAAUAACAAUUGCCGGUCCUAACGUUGCGUGAGAAAUUACAGCUGACUUUUCGUGAGGCCACGAUCGUAUUCUCCGCGAAAUGGUUGGUUGAAAAUUUUCUUAAACCAAUAAAGAAACACCACCCAGAUCUGGGUAGUGACACGUCAUCAGUGUGGAAUUUUUACGCUCGUUCCUCAGACAUCAUCUCGCGGGAAAGUCAACCAUGUCGUCGCGAAAUGUCGGCUGUUUUCUCAAGCUAGUCCUAUCAGCAAUCUGUGAAAGGAAGAGUCGACUUGUACAUUCGUCAUUAAUUACCUCUGUCAGGUUUUGGCGGCAACUGAGUGAGUUUUCACGAGUCCGGGGGGUGCUAUAAGGAAAGAUUACUCUUGCAACUUAAUUGACCUUCCAAUAACUAGUGUUUAAUACCAUCAACUGAAGGUACACAACUAUAAACUUUGACUCUGACAAUGGCUACUGCACAGAUAAUCACUAGGAAGAUCAUGUUCCACCUGCGUAGAUAAAAAAAAAAUUAUAUAGUUAUCUGUGCCGACUAUCGGCCAACUGUUGAUGGACAGAUGGUGAAUGCUCGUAGUGGGAACACUCGGUAAACUGUUAGCCGACGGUCGGUUUAGGGGAGUUGUUCUUCACAAUACCCAAAGUGUUUUUUUUCUCUUUAGGUAUAGAUCACAGACAAUAUCAAGGUGUGCUCUCAACAAACACUUAAACAGCUAGUGGGUUAAUGUAAUGAGUAAUAUGUUUUAUAUGUUUCUUUCGAAUUUUUUUUUUUAGCAAAGGAGAUCACGAUGGAGCCAUAAAACAGUACAUCAAAACCAUUGGCCAUUUGGAACCAUCCUACGUCAUUCGGAAGGUAAGCAAACAGUAAAUAGCCAACUAUGAGAAACUCACCACUAAAUUCUACAUGCUAGACUUGGGGUCUGUUUACAUGGACAUGGGAGACCCCAGGUAGGUGAGGUAACACGCUUAGGUGGGGUAACCCGCCUGUCCAUAUAAUCUCUCAUACGGUCACCCCACCUAUCGUGUAAACGUGAUCAAAUUAAAAUGCGAGAUUAUAUAGACAGGCGGGUUACCCCGGCUACCUGAGGUCUCCCACCUCCACGUAAACAGGCCCAAGACUCUUACUAUGUUAAUCCUAGACAGUUCAUUCAGUUGAUCCCAGGGAAACCGGUCGUUUCGAUACAAAGUCGUCUCGAUUCAAGUCGUUUCAACUCUGGCAGUGAAACCGCAGAAAAUUGUUGAUCACUCCAAGUUUAGUUUGCGCGUGAACAAGGAAAAGAUUUUGGGUGAAUAUUCUUCGUUCUUUAAGCCUUGUAGUUGAAACUAGUAUUUACACCUCGACCGAAUAAACUUGUAUCGAAACGACCGGUAACCGAGUAAACUCUUCCUUCAAAAUGUACCUUUGACUGUCUGCACUCAGAUCUUUCAUUUAGCAUCCAUUGCUUGUAUUAGAGCUACAUAGCUUUAGUAGAGCUCUUAACAACGACGGGAGGUAUAAACUUAUAAAGCUUAUAAACUACCGUUUAUAAGCCCUGGGCUUCUACAUCUUCGUAAGGGGUUUUUAGAGGGCUUAUAGAGAUUCGCUUAAUACAGGUUUGAUUGUUAAACAGUCUAGGAGGUCUUUAUACAGUAGAAAUUGUUUUAUAAAAUAUUAUUAUUGCCUGUUUUAGUUCUUGGAUGCACAAAGAAUUCACAACCUCACCGCUUAUCUCCAGGUUUGUAAAUAAAAUUAACCAUCUGUCAGAGAAAAACAUUUUAAAUUAAUAAGCAGUCCAUUCAUAGUUUAGCCUGUUCACAGACCCUCUAUUCUCGCCUUGGAGAUCGUCGAGCGCGCGUAUGAAAAUAAAAGCCGCGGGGGAUUAAUUGACCGCGAGCUUUCCGCGCUCGCUCCCGCGCGCUUGUCGAUUUUCGAAAAGAAAAAGAAAACAACGUCCGUGUACAGGCUACUCAUAGUCUCCUUUGCAGACGUUCCUAGGGCUUCGUCACGCGUGGGGCAGGAACGAUCGCAAAGCCCUAAGAACGCGUGCGUGAGAGGCUAGUCCACUCAUUAAUAAUCGCUAUUAUCAGACGGCGCUGUUGAGUAAGCGCUUUUUCCAACUGCUGCGAUCUUAAGCAAGCGAAACGACUUUACUUGGCCCCGGCAUCUCUUCAGUAGCUCCCAGGACACGCUGAAUGUCAGUCCAAAUACAGCAUAUGCAGUCGUCUGGGCUGCUUGUCGUAGAACGUAUACGGCAUGUUCGUUUUCUAAGGGCAACAGAAGGUAGUUACAUGGAAAACUGAGGGAUUAUUACUGUACGAGGAAUGUCAUUGAAAAUUACUUUCCGGUUGAUCCCUUAGAGAAUUAGUAAUGCUAUUUUUACAAUUGACCAAUCAUAGGUCGGUCCUAUAAAAUGCUCAAAAAGUGAAAUGAAUGAAAAAGAACAUAAAGGACUUACAUCUCGUAGCUUUUAAUCCCUCACUAAGGUCUAAACACUGGCUGCCACUGAUCACGUUUUGCCCAACAGAAUUUUUUCCCUGUUUGUCAAUAUCAGGCUGAAGUAAGAGAGAAUAAUGGUGGGUGAAGAUAUCAUUAUAUCUUGCUUUUUAGUGUCUUGUUUUGUUUUGGUUUGCUAGGCACUGCACAAACAAGGACUGGCCAAUACAGAUCAUACUACCCUGCUUCUCAAUUGCUAUACGAAGCUCAAGGACGUCUCCAUGCUGGAUGAGUUCAUCAUGGUAUGUGCGUACAGAUUUAUAUCCUGCAAGCAAGUUCUCUUCUCAGGGGGUGGUAGAUGGUACAAGGAGUGCUCCCUUCCCCUCCCCCUCCCCCUCCCCCUCCCCCCUUCCCCCCUCCCCAGUCACCCUCACCCAUCCUUUUCCUCCACUCUCGAGUGACAUGUUCGCACACAGGCCAAAUAUUCAACGAAAAAAAGAAAAUUUUACUGUUAUCUGAUUAUCGUCUUGUGACCACUGGGCCUUCAUACUCACCGCGCGUUUCGUUUAUUGACGGUUUCGCCUCUUCAAGAGCUUUGUUCAUAUGGAAAACCUAGCCUGCGGUCAAAAAAGAAAUGGAACGCGCGUAAGUUUCGGAUUGAAAAGUGACCGAUUAUAAACUCUUGUUGCCACUGCAAACAUCUGUCGCAACAGUUCUUCGCCUGUAGGGUGUUUAAAUUGCGUGCAUUGGUUUUAAACGCCAUCGUUUGUUGCUGUUAUUAACAUUCUUCACCACUCUGUGUUCAAAUAGUGAUGAAUCUGCUGUUUAUUGCAGACUGAUAAGGAAUUAAACUUCGAUGUGGAAACUGCAAUCAAGGUAUAGUUGCGUAUAGAGGAGUUUUUGAACUAUUAGAGCGGUUUUCAUUUGAGUGUCGAAAAGUAAUUGGUUUUGCACUUUCUACACGAUGCGAUUGGCUUAAAAGAUUCGCGCCACCUUUUCAUCCAAUCAGAAGUAAGACCAAAGCCAAUUGUGACGCGCUCGCAUGCAUUUUCCCGCGCUUUGCGUCAGCCACAUGUAAUUACUUCGAGUUUUGAUUGGUUCAAUGUAUUGUCUGUGUCCUAUGUGAUUGGCCAGAGUAAUUACUUUGGUUUUGGUUUUACGACACUCAAACGAAAACCACUCUAUUAGGGAGCUCAAGCAACAACGACGGCGACAGCUACGGAAACGUCACUUAAAGUGAAAACUUUCUCGGCCUGAUUCCAUCUCGUUCAAUUCGUCAAGUGCUGGCAAAUUUUUCUAGAGUUGAACUCUAAAGACUGCAUCAAAAGUUCAGGAAAAGAAAAGGAAGGUCGUUGUUUUGUAUUCACGUCCUCGGCUUAACGUGAAAUUAGGCACUUUCACGUUGUAGUCAAUAACAAUAACAAUAACAUUUAUUAUUUGUAUUGCGCCUUUUCUAUAAAAUAUUCAAAAGCGCAUCACAACAGUAAUUAAUAACUAAAAAUUUUACAAAUCUUUCUAUAAAAAUCAUCAAAAAAAUAUUUACAUAAAAUGAGUAAAAGAUAAUUACAAAUAAAGAUAUAGAUAAACUAAGAUAACUGAAAUGAUUCCUUAAAUAAAAAUGUCUUAAUUAAAGUCUUAAAAGAUUCUAAGUUCGUUGCUUCGCACGCGGACCUUGGCAGCUUAUUCCACAGGAAAGGAGCAGCUACCUGGAAAGCUCUGUCUCCCAAUGUUUGGGAGUCGUGCAGCGACGGCAAAGAAGUGGACAAAAAAUGCGUGAUGGAGUUGUUGUUUUGCCAAUCUAAGGCUAUUGCUUUUUUGCCGUUCUUGUUCCCGUCGCCGAUGUCGUUGCUUGAGCUCCCUAUUUAUGGUCAUAUAAUACUGUGCCAGGUUCCGCUAGUGGCAGUGUUGUAGUUGUGAGGUUGGUCCUUUGACUUAAACAGUUCUUAAAGCAUUUUGCGCAAAGUUUACAACCAAAACGCAUUUUAAGCACAAGAAAAGUGAAACACACACACAAAUAGGGUUAGCCUGUUCCAGGCUCCGAGAUGGUGGUGGAAAGUCGUUUAGUAAUAAGAAAUGCGAAAAACGCGCGGGGGCUGGGGAGAGACAGGGCAGCGGAGCCUCUCUCUCCUAUUUUUUCCGCCGCCACCGCCCCCUUUCCCAAGUCGUGCGCCUCUUAUUUUCGCCCUGCUCGUUUUAAUACGUUCCCACUAUACUAUCUGAGAGCCUGGCACAAGCUAAAAUAGGGUGGGAAUGACGUACAGAAACUCCCCUCCCCUUGCGUACAAAGCCAUCUAUCGCGUUGCGAAUAAUUAGAUAUGAAUGCUGUGAGUUUUUAGAGGUUUGUAGCCAUCCACUACUAUUAAACAAUUGUAACUGUAAACUCGGGGAUCUUUUUCGAAUAGCUCAGAAAAGCUAGCUAAGAACUCCAGCCUUUGUUUGAAUCUGGGUAACACUUACGAACUCUUGUAAAGUUGAUGGCGAAUAAUAAAUAAUAAUGAUUGUUAUGAAUAAUUUUGCCAUUACAGUCAGUUUUGAAUGAAAUAUGAUGAUUGUAUCUCACAAAAAGGCUGCCAAGAUAUAUAAGCUUAUAACUUCCUUUGAAUUCCUUUUAUUUCAGGUUUGCCGUCAGGCUGGGUAUUUCAAACACGCCGUGUACUUGGCUGAAAAAUAUGAUCAACAUGAUUUGUAAGUGCUGCGUAGAAAAAUCGAACUCUAAGUUCUUAACGCAAAACAUCAGGCUUAAAAGCAUCCGAAGAAUUACAGCGUGUCUUCAAUUUAACUCUAUUUUGUUCCAACACAGAUACACGUGUUAGGACCACAUUUUCGCGUGGCCACGAGGCACCUUGAAAAAGUGUCAUGUUUCUAGACGAAGCGGGUUUUAUGAGAAACCGUGGGUACUGAGUAUUAUCAGAUUGUUGUUGCAAUUUUCUAGUUGACAUCAAGUAUCAAUGAUUUUUAAAGACAUGUAUUGGAUCGAAGAAGUGUGAAUUUUGAAGUGAAACCUCCAUGGCAGUACUGUUGCAUGGCGCUUUUGGUUUUUCACUGUUUUACAAAGCAAACUUUGGGGUUUUUUUAUACCUUGGCGUUGACCUCUCUUAAAAAUCAUAUGGUUAAUGUUUUAUUUGCAGAUACUUAAAGAUUCAACUGGAGGAUCUCAAAGAUUAUGAAAGAGCUUUAUCGUACAUAGGAAAACUAGAUUUUUAUGAGGUACAUUUGCGUUCUAGUCUGCUACACAGCCGUUUUUAGUGUCGUCACGCAACGCUCCUCCGCACAGUGGGGAGGAACGUUGCGUGACGACUCUAAAAAAGGCUGUGUAGCAGACUAAUUUGCGUUCCGUACAAAAUAAGUUCUGGAGGUAGUACAUGGUACCACAGAUACCGAGAAGGGCUUCUGUUCAAAUAUGGGAACGGUGAUUUCGGCGCGAUUUCUGUAACGGGGCGAAGCUGCGCCCCGAUGAUUAGUCACAUAUCGGAUACUAGUUGUUCAUACUAUACAGCAUAGCUUUUGCGCCGGCACGAAAACCAUACCGAGAAUGGCUUCUGUUCACACAUGAGAACGGUGAUUUCGGCGCUUUCUGUAAUGGAUGCGUCACCCCGAUCUCUAAAGUGAUGAGUCACAUAUCUGAUAAGUGUUCACACUACACAGCAUAGGUUUCUGUGUUGGCACGAAAUUCUAUCUGGUUUAGUUUGGACGUAGCCUAAGUGUUCAAAACUGUCCCGUUGUUUAUUGUGCAAGAACAAAAGGAUUGUCCUCUACUGGCGAUGAAACUGUUCCAAUGAAUCCCAUAAAAUGGCCAUGAAUCGGCUCGGGAACCACACAGAAUGAGAAGGAACACACAGGUUAAGUUGGGUUAGCCGAUCUUUAUUUUAAUCCUUUCACCCAUUUGCAGGUCUACGGCAGAAACAAUCGUUUGCUUUUUUAUUCAAACGCAACAAUGCCGAUGCUCAAAUUUCGAGCUUGGUCUACCUCUGGUUGGUCCACCCCCCGCCCCCCGCCCCUCCACGUCUGGUACCCAGUCCCUGGCACUUGAACCAACAAGUUGUAAUGUGAACCGGUAUGUUUUACUUUCCAGGCCGAAGACAAUAUGAAAAAGUAUGGUAAGAGCCUCGUGAAUGCUGUCCCAGAUGAAGCAACGAAGCUAUUAAAAGUCCUUUGUACAGAUUACAGACCCCAGCGCCUGCAGGAACGUAAGUGAAACUCAGAACAUUUUGUUUUAAUUGAAGUUUGCACAACGACGUCGACCUUGCGCCAAGCACUGUGCUCUGGCACAUUCAGUGUUCAAUAUUAUCAUCAGUUUCAAUGCUUAUUUUCAUAGCCUAACUCUUCGUAAUCUCGAGCCUGGGAAAACAGCCGACAUUUCGCGACGCAAUGACUGGUUUCCCCGCGAAAUGACGUCUGAGGAAUGAGUGCAGAAAUUCCAUGCAGUCAAACCUCUUGAAUACGGGCACCAAAGGGACAGAACCAAGUGUCCGCUUUACAGAGGUGUCCGUAUCAUAGAGGUAGGGAAUGUAUGAUUUUUGGCAUUUCUGGGACCAAACGAACUAUCCCUAAUAGAGAGGUGUCCGUAUUAUAGAGGUGUCGGUAAGGAGAGCUUAGACUGUACUGAUGACGUAUCACUACCCAGAUCUGGGUAUUAUGCUUAUUAUGCUUCUGAUUGUUCGUGGCCUGAGGGAAAUUUGCUUCAACCAAUCAGAAGCACUACUCAGACCUGGCUAGUGACACGUCAUCAGUAUGGAAAUCUUGCAGUCGUUUCUCAGACGUCAUUUCGCAGGGGAAUCAGUCGUGGUGUCCCGAAAUGUGGGCUGUUUUCUCAGGCUACGUAAACGUUCCCUAACUUCAUUUAGACAAAUCAUUUUUUUUACAUGGUGAACUUACAGCUGCCGAUGAUUUUUAGGUGCAGUUUCCGGUUCAGUUACCCCUGUUAGUACUGGUGUAUUUCAAUCCAUGACAGCUGCAUUAGGUAAGCGUUCAUUUCCUAGCCCCCGAGACCUCAGUGUUUUGGGUGUUGCGUGACAAAAUCAGGCAUUGCUUUUUUUGUCCCACAACACUUGUUUUGUGUCAGUAAUUACAUGCAAAGUAUUCAGUUGUUGCGUGACUUGUAUCACCUGAGUUGUAUGAAAUGCUCCGUAACUGGGUUUGGCGUGAAGUGCUGAUGAUUUAGGGGAAACACACGCGAGAAAAAAGUAGCAAAACGCUGACUGGGCCUUGAACAGAUAAGGACGACUUUUAGCAAAAAAUUAAUUCAAGUUCAGGGGCAAUUAGUGCGCAACUCCUCUCUUAAACGUGAUAAACACCGCCCUAGCUAUCAUUCUUUCUGUUGGAUUAUAACUUUUUUUUAUAAUCAAUGAUUAUUAAUUAUAUGAAAGUGAUAACUGAUGAGAACACAAAAAAUAAGGCCAACACUAUUUGCUUUUUAGAUCCAGUCCCGAGUGCAGAGAGGAAAAUCCGCAAGGCACGCGCCGAAGAGUUCAUCCACAUUUUCGUACAUCAGAAGGCUAAGCUGAUUGAAUUUCUUGAGCACAUGGUGCAGGUAACGUUUCUUUCGCUUCUUCGUCCUGUUCAGUGUCCUGCUUUUUCUCGUACUGAAAAGCACCAGAAGGAGAACGGCAGAAGAUCCCUAGAAGAGUAAAUAGCGAGAAUGUGUCAGGGACGUGACUGACAAAGCUAAAUAAUAUCCGCGAUGAAGACGCUGCCGCGGGCGCGGUUUGAUGAGCCGCCAGUGUGCGCUGAAAAUCGCAAGCGCACUUGUAGUCAUUGUGGAACAUGUAACGUUACAAUUAAAAAUCACGGAGUUGUUCAAUUCUGCUUCGUAGAGAAGUCAAAAAUUAACGUUUUAGGAAGGAACGUUUCAGAAAGGCAUACUCAAUUCCAAGUGAACAUUAUCCUGGAUGCCAGAGGGUCUUUUUUCGGGUCAAUUUAGACUUCAGGGAAACUGCCCACCUACCCCUCCCCUAAGCCAACCUUAUCACUUACUUCUCACUUAGGGCAAAAUGUUGGCUUAGGGGAGGGAUAGGUGGGCAGUUUCCCAGAAAACUAAAUUGAUCCGCUUGGUUAUCCUGUGUCCGCGGUUUAUUUCAUCGUAGAUAUUUUGUGAACAUUUUGCGAACAAGCGAAAACAAAGAAAAGCAAACAAAAAAACAAAAAACAGAAAACUAUGAGACAUGCAGGCUUGUUCGAGAGGUGACUUCGUGUCAGCUUUAUGGUUGUAGAUCAGUGGCUAACUUCCUCAAUAUGCUUUAUAUCGUUAGGUGCAACCACACUCAUCAACCAACCUUGUGUACAAUACUCUUCUUGAACUGUACCUUAACGACGCAGCACGUCAGAAGGAUAUAGAGGUAACGUGACCUUUUGUCACACAAGGAUCAACUUGGUGUCACGUAAUAGAUGCCUAAGGUCCUUUGCAAAUUUUGUUAAUUAAGUUAAUGGCCACCAAAUCGUCUUAGAAUUAUACCUGGUGGUUUUUGUUGCAGGCACAAGUUGAACAUGAACGCAAAGCCCUUGAUUUACUGACAAAUUUGGAGGUGUGUUAAUAAAUAGUUAAGUACGUAAAAAAAAGCCGCGAACAAGAGUGCUACUUGUGUAUUUAGGCUCUGUAGGAAGCCAGAAAAUGUACUGAUAUAGAAAGAAGACAGCACAACAGAAUAACCCAACUGAACAGACAGCUGUUUCCUUCGAUUUGGACUCAUCAGUUGCAGAUAACUGGAAAAAACUGACUUCAAGUACAAUGAUGAAGGCUAUUUAAACUUGGAGAACCCAAAACGUAUCAUGCUCUAAAGUAAAUAACAUCGAUUGUCGAGCUCAGGCGAUCCAAAUUUACGUUCCGUCCCCUCCAUUUAGGCACGCUACGACAUCGACCACGCCCUUGUGUUGGCACAGAUGCACCACUUCAAAGCUGGAAUUUUAUACCUGUAUGAAAAAGCCAAACUGUGAGUAGUGGAUAGGUGUCCUGUGGCACUUGUUUGAUGUUAUAUGACUGCACUUGCCUUACAAUUUAAGAGGGCUGACUUAUGUGUUCUUUAUAAAUAACAUUAAUUAUGUUUUGUGCAUGUGUUAAUGCUAACCCACCAAGAGCUUCCUUUUAAUGGUUGUACUUUUGAUUUGAUUUUUUCUCAUAAACCAAUACUACAGUUACCAACAAAUACUUCAUUACCACAUGGAACAGAACGAGUACGGUCACGUGAUCGACACGUGCAAGAAGUAUGGGUAAGUGCAUAACUUAGAAAACGCUUGGCAACUUUUUUCGGCUGGGUCAUGUGGUGAAUCCCCGUUAAUCUGUGUUUUUUAAACCGUACCCGAUACUAUAAAAUAUUGAAAGUUAUGACCGAGCGGUUAAGACCUCGAACUCUGGAUCAGGAGGUCUGAGGUUCAAGCCUCGCCCUUCCCUUUGUUUUCUUAGACUAGGAACUUUACUCCACUUUGUCUCUCUUCACCCAGGGCCCAGUUGUUCGAAGGCCGAUUAGCGCUUAACCCGGGUUUCUAUUUCUUGUGUUCAAAAGCAUGUUCUCGAGUAAUUUUCUGUGCUAUUGUUAGAGCUUCCAGUCAUCAACUUGUAGACAAAAAGAAUUAAAACUGAAAUGCUUUCUACGCUUUCGAAUCUGAAUUCAAAUCCCGCACUAACCCUGGGUUAUCUUAACCCAGCUUUCAACAACUCGGCCCAGGUGUAUAAAUGGGUACCUGCGACAUACUGGUGGGGGGGUAACCCUGCGAUGGGCUAGCAUCCCUUCCAGGCGGGAGUAGCAAUACUCCUAGGCAGCUUCAUGCUACAGAAACCGGAACAUGAUAAGCUCCGGCCGUGCUGGCCUUUGGCUCGUGUGCGACUUUACCCUUUUUUACCUUUUUUAUGCACACAGCCUGUAUCGCGCAUGCGCAAGAUUCGAGCGAUACUCUUCAAAAUCUUUUUACGGUGGCCUAGUUUUCAGCUCAGUUUACAAAAAGAUAAUACUCGUAAAACACCCUCAAAAAUACGGGAUAUCAAGCUGCAAAAAUAACGAGUUGGUUUUUUAGUUGUUUUUUUUUUUACCACUCUUAGUAGCCUUUAUCACAUAAUAAGGUUUCUCAGGCUUAUCACAACAAAUUCCCUAAAAUAUUUUUUCUUAUUCUAAAAUAAGACCACUGCUCUUACUCUGACAAUGCAAAGUACGAUGCGGGUAACUUUACCCUCAGAACGUUUAUAAAAUAUUAAUACCAUAUUGCCUUUUUUUACAGCACUUUAGACACAAGUUUGUGGGUGCAGGCUCUCUCAUAUUUUGCCCGUCGGGAAACAGAUUGCAAGUCCCAGAUAAUGGAGGUGUUAUCUCAUAUCCUUUUAUAACGUUCCUUUAGUCACGCGUUCUUUAAGUAAACUAGGCGAUGCAUAAAAGAUGGUGAUAAACGUGAUCGUCCCGAACUAAGUGCGGGUCUUAUUAUUCUGCGUAGCAGGCCGGCGGUUGAUUUGGGGAGCGCGCGAAAAUAAAUAAAUAAUAAUAAUAAUAGGCUUUAUUUCAAGAGGGUAAAACACUUAACAGUUUAAUUUCUAAAAAGACAUUAUGACUAAGAUAGAUAAAAACAACAUAAAACGUAUAUACAAUUACAGUCUAAGGAGCAUCGCAGCCUUUUGUUUAGCUAGAAAAGAUUUAAAAACGUUAUGCUUAAAACUUCCUAGCGAGCCAUUAUUUCUUAUAUUGGCAUUCAUGCAAUUCCAGUCCUUUAUAGUCCUAAUGGUGAAAGUACGACCUCCUUCUGUUUUUCGUUUAUACUUAGGGCACACUAGAUUUAUGUGUGAAUGUCUAGUGGCUCGAUUAUGAAUUUCUGAAUUUUUGACUAAUAGACUAUUCAAAUAACUAGGCGCUAGAAGGAGCUGGGAGCCGCGAGAAAAUUGAAAACGACGAUUUUUAGCGCAACACAGCGUUGCAAUGUUGGAACAAUGUUGUAACUAUUCGAAAUAAUGUGGCAACAAUGUUGCAACGGUGUGUUGCGCUAAAAAUCGUCGUCGCGAAUCAUCUCGUGUAACAUCACCUUUAAGGCAAUCACAACUGUGUGAAAAUAUCCACUGCGCCAAACAGAACUCCUUACAGGUGCAUUUAGCUGUGCCAGAUGCAGUAAAUCGCUCUUGAACGAACCAAAGCUGGGUUUGUUUUCACUCCUAAGAGCUCAAGAAAGUGGCUCCAAAUUUUAUGGCCAAUCACAAAGCACUGUAAUAUGAUUUCGCUUCACUCCAGUCACUCAUAGGUGAAAGCAAUCUACGUAGUUACUUGGGUCAGUCAACAAAAAAUAUCCGAGCAUUUCUUUUGACUUUAAAGUAAUUGUCUUUGCUUUUGGCAAUAUCAAGAAUGUAUCACUUAUAUUUUAACAUGAAAGUCGCUAUAGUUUAAACGAAAAAGGACCGACUGGUGCAAUACAAGUGAUAUUUCCUUAACGACAAGUCAAACAUCGAUCGUGGAAAUCUUAUGUCGCCACUUCUUGUGCUUCAAAAUCUAGCUCACAAUUCUACGGCGACGUUAGCUGUUGUCAAGGUAACAAACGCUUAUUUUUUGUCACCGAUGCUGCUUGUUUUUUUGACAGAGAUUUGUUUUCUUUUGUACCAGUCAGUUUGAGAAGACAGCAUUUUCUAUUUUUAGGAUUACAUUAUUCAUCGUUUGCAACUAGAAGAUGAGAUUAUUACCAGUGUAAGUAAACAUUUAGUGUUUUUUACCUGAAUUGAACGAAAUGAUUUCUUCAGAAUGGUAGCCACUCCUCGGGACCUCCUCUUCCCCCUCCCCAUUCACCCUUCACAUCGUUGUAGCACUUUUAGUUUCACUAAAUACUAAAGGCAAGAUUAGCUCGGUCGGUACAGCGCUUGACUGCAGAGCGGGAGGUCGCGGGUUCGAUUCCCGGGGCCAGACCAAAACUCAGGGUCUUAAAAUAACUUAGAAAUGAAGGCACUGCCUUUGCCCUGCAAAUGGCUACUGACCCUCGCGUGACUCGGAUGAUCACGUAAAAUGGCGGUCUCGUCUCCAGUUGGAGACGUACAAUAUAGUGUCCCCAAUCAGUGCUUUGCUGCUAAAUACAUUGACACUCAAAUAAAGUGCUUUUUUUUUCAACCACGCACUUUCUUGAAAGUUUUCAAAUAUAAAGAGCUCACUGCUUCUGCUUCAAAACCGUAGACGUUAUUUUUGAUGAAAUGCGUGUCUUUGUGAAUCCCACUUCACCCAAGACGUUUCAGUCAUUUAUACUCGCGUACAUAUGAAGUACAACAACAGUCCACCCAAUUUGCGUUUCAGGACGAGCGUUAUAUACGGCAAUAUCGGGAGGAAACCGACAAAAUGCGAAAAGAAAUUAAAGAACUGAAGACAAGGUAGGGCUACUUUACUACACUUAACGAAAACAUCGUUUGGUCAUGGGCUCCUUGCGGCGUCAUUGGUACUUUUUGGAGGAUUAAAUUUCUGCUCGUGCGGGUGGGCGUCAUUUGUUUACGUGCAGACCACAUUGUCUCCGCCUCUCUCUCUCUCCGCCACAGCGGCUCCAACGCACUUUCUUGUUUGUUGUAAGGACAAUCCGCUAUAAAAGUGGGUGCAAACGAGAAAUGUGGAUCUUUAGGCUUCUGGGUUGAAAUUCCGUGUUGAAAUAAAGCGUCUGUGUGUCUGCCUGCCUCUGUAGUCGCUUUAUGCAGCGGAUACAGUCAUUUCUCUCUUAACGGAAACCUCUACAAGACUGACACCUCACUUAGACUAAAACGGACACCUAGAGUUUGUCCACGCCUUUCUUUACUACUUUUAGUCGACUAUCUUUAAGGUGGACAUCUCACUGACACGUACACGUAGUGUCUGUUGCAAAGGUAUCUGUCCUAGAUAGAGUUGACUUUAUCAAAACAUUUUAGUAAGCCUCUGUGUAGUAGGCAGAUUUCAACUACGAACUUGUUCUUUUGGACAUUUUUCGCUCUCCGUUGAUAAGUUGAUCUAUUUAGUAUCAUUACCAUAGUCUGAUGAACACCAUUAACGUUUUUUAUUACAGUCCAAACCUAGUCAAGAUCGAUUUUUUUUUGCCUAGUUCCACUUGUAAAAUGAGGCAACAUCACUCUGUGUGAGAGGAUAGGAACGCUCCGGAUGGAUAGGGAUAUAACCGACUUGAAAUUCCAAAGUUACACCCUUCUCGUUCUUGUAUUUGUAGAACAAGAGUUGAAAAAUCCUUUUUAAGUGUUGUGAUUCACGAACCUGGACAGAACAAAAAUUAAUGAUUUUUUUGAGACACACCCUUAGUAGUGGGUGGGAUGUUUUUCUCAAUCAGGUCAUUUAUCGUUUUCAGCGCAAAGAUAUUUCAAGGUGCAAAAUGCAGUGUGUGUUCCCGACCUUUGGAUUUGCCAGCAGUGCAUUUCCUUUGCCAGCAUUCAUUCCACCAAAUGUAAGUACAACGGGCUUUAUUUAAGAACUGAUUCAUGCUCAGCGUGCGUAUAUCGAGUUAUUGAUGCACACGGGAAGUUUAGAAAGCACGAGAGAAGCGUAAGAGUUCGCCGAGUACAACUCCAGCUUCUUGAGUGCUCCCCAGACUACCCGCAUGUUUAAUUAAUCUUUGGAACAGCUUUUCUCCCCUUUCAAAAAUGGUGUAUAAAAUGUUAAGGUGUUGGGCCUUGGGACACAUGUGUGCGAAAACAGUCGUCUUAGCGCAUUGAACUUGAGAUCUCGAAAUUGACGGGCCAAAAGCUUAGCCAUUUUUAAAAUGAUGACAUUUUCCCCGCAGCAGUGUGGUUAACUGAAGAAAGUGCGAUCAAGCCUGCAAAGAUAGCUUUCUAGGUUUUGCCUUUUCUGAAGGUCGUCCACAAAAACGAAUGCCAUAAGCACCGGCGUGCGUCUCUACACUGUGCCUUCAGAAUAUUAAUAUCUGACUUUUUUUAUUUUGCCAGCUGCUUUGAAGGAUAUGCUGAAUCAGAUAACGAAUGUCCAAUAUGCGCUCCUGAAAACAGGUACUUUAAAAAUUUUUAAUUCUGGGAGUCAGCCCAUCGAUCCUCGUUCCCAUGGAUAUUUAAACCUGGUUAACUAUUUGAACUAGCCAAGUGAAAUGGUUAUCUAUGUUCAUACAAUAUUGACAGCAAGGAGGCCAAAAGUGUGACCACUUUUAAUUUAUUCACAUUGUUUCGUACAGAUUUAAUCCAAUCAGAAGCCAGCUGGAAACUGUCCUCGACUUCUGAUUAGAUAAUAUCUGUAUGAAAGUAUGUGAGUUAAUUAAAGGAGGUCACACUUUUGGGCUCUUUGCUGUAAGACUAGAUUUAGAUUAGUCCAGGGGAAUGGUAAAUCCCUAUUUAAGCCAUUAUUAAACCAGGUUAAGUAACUCGACUAGUCCAGUGGAGUGGUAAUCGUAGAUUCAGAUUUCGUAGAUAAAAAAUAAAUGUGUGAAAAGGAACCUUUUGUAUAAUUGGUAUAGCUUAAAAGCCAUUAUACAGGUGAAGAUCAUUUGCGUCUCACGUCUAGGAGGAUUGUAACUCGUGGUGCAGUGCAAGACAACUUUACUAAACGUACUCCAAUAUACAAGUUCCUGCGUUACCUUGUAGUCAGCAGUAUGAGCAUUUGACACAUGCUCAGGAAGAAUCCGUUUUGUCGUCUUUUGGUAGUGUGUGGUUCGUGACUUUCAGUCGGCCAGCUUUGAUGCUGCACACUACGUAACUUCGGCGCUUACAAGAAGCUUUGUCGCGUGAUUUGAGUCCUACUCUCCAAGUCUGCUAGCCUGCGAGCAAGGUCUCCAAUUAUGCUCCUUUCGCGUACGGCUCUCGCGUGACUUCUUGCGACUCCCCCAAUUGGAGAGCUUGCUCGCAGGCUACAAGUCUGCCGGCAGUUUAGACUAGUUUGUUUCACGGCCAAGCUUCAACAAAUGUUUUUUCUUUGUUUGUUUUUAAACGUAUUCGUCGAGUCUUCUUCCAUAUUGACCUUUGUUGUUCACUUGACAGGAAAGUACUUGAUAUUAUACGACAACAAGAGCAGGCUAAAGAUAUUCACGAGCAGUUUCACCAUCAGGUAACCAAAAACAGUCGUUUUGUUGUAGAGUCGUUUCGCUUCUUAUCAAUGUCGAGUCAUCGUAGACUCAUGUCGUUACAACUCGUGGAGGUCUCUCAGCCACAUCUUAAUGCCAAUCCAAUGGUGAAGUGGUGUCUCGAGCGUUUUCUUAGCCGGUUCCAGACGUUCAGAUGGUAGAGCGCGGCGGUAAGUGGGGAGCGAGUUAAGUUGUAAACCGCGAAAACGGGGGGAGGGGCUCCCCCUUUCCCCCUCUAGUCUCCCCUCGUUUUUUUUUUUUUUCUUCGUGAAUUUUUAUCCGGCGCUCUACUAUCUGAACGCCUGGAACAUGCUAGCAUUUUCUCAACAAACCAUUUCCGAGUUCCAAAAACUCUCACUUUCAACACAAGGCUUCAUGCAAAACGAGUUUUAUUUGCAUGAGAAUAAAAAAAAAGUCAUUUUCAUAUCAAUGGUUACGCACUUAACCUCGCUUUGAAACAGAAGCUUGGGUUAACUCAGAAAAGACGUAUUGUUUGACCAAUUAAAACGGUCGUCGAGAAUUCAGUACACCAAUCAGAACUUGAAGCAACUCUGACUUGUACCGUCGCCAAGCGCGGGAAAGCGCACGCGACCAAGUCGCGAUCGUUUUGCUUUUCACUUUUCAUAGGUCGAGAGGUUUCAACCAAUCCACAGUUUUAAGACACGGAUCUGAAGCAGACGUCGUUUUUUUUUCUUGACGGUCGUGUGAUGUAACACGAUAUUUAGAGGAUGCAACAAUUCUCGCAGCGGGGUCUGACUUGGAUUUAGAAGCCGUUUUCGUAGGAAAUUAGUGGGACAUUUUCUGAUUAUCGUUUGCACAAACAUCAUCUCAAUAAUCACCAUGUUUUGUUGGAUGUUGUACCGUAGGAUGUUGGUAUCAAUUAAUUGUGGCUUAAUUUGCAGCUUGAAAGAGCGCAAGAUGGAUUUUCUGUUGUCGCAGAAUACUAUGGUCGCGGAGUUUUUAACAAGGUUUGUCUAAAUGCUGAUGAUUACAUGCGAAUCAAUUUUUCUGUGAAGUAACAAAUCAUCAAGUGAAGAAUUUCUUUUUGUAACCAUGGUUCUAAAGUGUUUCGUGCGACCUUGAACCGCUGUCGGUAUUGGUCGGCAAAGGUCUCCCUGGCGCUACACAGAAAAGACAUGUAUUUGAACACAUUUUGAAGUGUAGUCAGGUUCAUUGUGUUUGACCCCGAGUGGGGAAUUCAAUUACCCAUAGGUAGCAGUCUUUUUCUCUUGUAAACGUUUUUAAUCCAGCGAAAUUUUCCACAUUAGCCUCGGCUGCGAGCUACUUCCAGCUCUCCACUAAAAAUACAAACAUUUUUUAUCGUAUUUCUCGUUUUUCUCUUUCCCAGGUAACACUUGUAACCGACCACUCCGCCUCGCGGGGCCGUUUGUCCCAAGAAGCUGCUGUUGGCCAGCGUGAAAGGCUCUUGGAUAGCUAG